GGGCAGGGUGGGGGGAGUGUUUGGGCGUGCCUCGUUUAUUUGUGUUAGUAUUUUAUUUACCUCUAUUCCCCGCUGAGGAGAUCGAGGCAGGAUAGGUGGACCUUCUCCCCACCCCCGCCUUAUAUCCUCACAAGAACCCUGGGAGGUAGGCGAGGCCAUAGUGGUGCAGCGGUUAGAGAGAACGUGGACCAGGACUUGGGAAAGACCUGGGUUCAAAUUCUACCCCGCCAUCCAACGCCUCCAACUCGGCCAAGUGACCUUGAGGGCAGGUCGCAGCCCCUCAGCCUGACCUACCUUGCAGGGUUUGUUUCAUAGGCACCAUAAAAUUUAUACACCAUUUGAUUUUAAAACACACACACACACAUCAAAGCAGUGUACAAAAGAUGAAAUACUAAAAUAUAGAAAAAUUCACAACCCUGCCUUCAAACAUACAAAAGUUAACUGAAGCAGAUUAAAAUUUUCUCUGCUUUCUGGGUAGACUUUUAGCAGGUGCAAAAAAAAGAGUAUGGUGAAGGCGCCUGCUUGUUCUCAAUAGGCAGGGAGUUCCAAAGUGCACUAAAGGAUUGAGCUCUUACAAAUACGGAACGGGUAUUAUGUGGCAUCUGUAAGUACUGCCGAUUGCGCUGAUCAAAGCCGGUGAGUGGGUGCACAUCUGAUAAAGUAAACUUGUGCUGAGUUGUUAAGGGCUUCAUAUGCCCAUACUGUAGUAGCACCUUGAACUUGGCUCAGUAGCAAAUCGGCAACUAGUGCAGAGCUCUGCUCGCCGGUGUUAUGGGUUGAUGAUGCCUUCCUCCUGUCAGCAAUCAUGCUGCAGCAUUCUGCACUAACUGCAACUUCUGGAGCAGGAGCACAUUGCAGUAAUCCAGUCUUGAAGUAAUCAAUGCAUGGACUACUGUGGCAAGGCAAGGGUUGUGAGGAGGCCACCUGGGAGUGAGUGUUACUGGGCCCUGGGUGGGCUGUUGUAUGUUUGUAUGCAGUGGGGCGUGAGAGGCUCCUUUCCAACAACUCUUUCUGCUUGGUGAGUUAUGUAGAAGCUUAUGUGUGGAAGUAGAAGACUAUCUUCCUAGAUAGGAGGUGUUUCUUUGAAAUGGGGGAGUCAUAGUGGCACCACUCCACCCCCUGUAUGCAUGCUUGUACCCACCCACCCACUUAGGAAUAGAGUCUGCCCUAUACCACGUCACACCAUUGGUCUUUCUGCACUGACUGGCGGCAUUCUGAUACCUAAUGCUUUUAAUUGAAUCUAGGACUCCACUGAGUUACAUGUGGGCAAAUCCACACCAUAGAUUUAAACUGCAUUCAGCAAACACUUAAAGCACAAAACCUCCACCCUCCAAACAAUCAUGGGAACUGUGGUUUACCCCUCACAGAUUUACAGAUCACAGUUCCUUAUGAAACUAUAUUUUCCAGGAUUCUUUGGGUAAAUAUAUGUGAUUUAAAUGUGCUCUGGGUGUGUUUUUAAUGUAUGGUGCAGAUCUGCCAGUCUCUCCCUCUGUAGUUGCGUAUUGCCUACCAGUAGUAGCUCUCUUAAGAGUCCAGUGGAAAAUGUCAUGGAUUGAACCUGGCACCUUCUGCAUGCAAAUUCUGUACUUAUGACCCUUCCCAUAUCUCAGCUGCUUAGAACUCAGCUUGUUGCCUUGAUUGUUAGUACUGUAUCCCCUAACCAAGCUUCAAUAAGGCAUACAUUGUUUCCUGCACCUAUUUCUUUUCAAACCCGCAACAGCACAGCAGCUUUAAGACACUUUAGUAACUCUUCUGAACUUUUUGUAAAGGAUUACAAAAAUCACCUCCAUAGUAUUCUCUGUGUAUUCAUGUUGCUUUUCUGUAACGUGUCUCUGCCCCAAGGAGAGUGCAGUCAUUGUUGUUAUUUAUACAGUACCAUCAGUGUGUAUGGCACUUCACAGAGAAGGCUGCCCAAGAACUGAAGUGGUACUAGAUCCCACCCAAAGCUGGGAUCUACUUACUUAGUAAUAGUAGUCAUGGUCCACAGGGUCCUCAGUGUGCAUGCUAUUUUACAGAGGCAAAACAAGGCAGGGGAAGGUUCCUGCUGGAAGAGAUUUGUUGUGUUAUGCAUAGCACAGUCUGUGCAUGGUGCUUUAUAGAAUUACAGCAAGACAACAGGUCUCUGCCUGAAGCAGCUUACAGUGUAAAAGUCUAGAGGUGGUGUGGAGGAUGGAGGCGGAGGCAGGCUGAAGCCAAGGUUAACAGUGGGGAGGAAUGCGCAAUAGGUUUACUUGUAUCUAUGUGAACUUCAUUUCACUAGGAGAUAAGAACUAAGGAAUUUUGUGAAAGCGUCCAUAAAAAGAUAGCCUUUGAUGAGGAAUAUGAACAAAAGCAAUUUAAAAGCAAACAGAAGUUUAUUCAGUUGUUUCUUUUGCUGAAGAGGGGAAAAGGAGGGAUCCUAGAAUUGUAGAGUUGCACGGGACCACAAGGGUAAUCUAGUCCAACCCCCCCCCAAAAAAAUGCAGGAAUAUUUUUGCUGAACCUGUGGCUGAAACCCACAAUCCAUCUCAAGGAUGUUUCCUUGAGCAUUGGGUUUAUGUGUGUGUUAGGGAGGAACCUUGAAUGUAUUUGUUACCAGAAAAAUAUAGCAGAAAAUGUAUGUUGAGUUUGUAUUACUUUUUCUUGAAGGAGCUUGGGGUGGCAUACAUACUUAUCCCUUCUCACCUCCUAUUUUCCUCACUGCAAAUCUCUGAAGCAGGUUAGGUUGAGAAACAGUGGCAGGUUCAAGUUUGUCUGGUUAAUUUCAUGCCUGACUUGGGAUUUUGGCCCAGCUCUUUCCAUUCUUGGAAGGUUUCAGUAACAUCAGUGAGUCUUCAUUGGUAGUAAAUGCACUUAUAAUAGGGUGUUGAGUUGCAUGAAGCAACCUAGGUUGCAGUGCUAAACAACUCCAGCCCCUAGUACUUUUUUGUAAAUAUGUUUAAGAUUGCAGCUCAUAUCAUAUUUUCAUGGGGUCCUGUUUAAGGCAGAUUUACAGACAUGAAGUCUGAUUUAGUUCAGUGGGGCUUCUCCCUAGUUGUGUGUGUAGGAUUGUGACAUUAGAUUUAGAAAGGACUAGCUACCAAGUAGGGACGCACAGAGCCUAGGGCUUGCUGAUCAGAAGGUUGGCGGUUCGAAUCCCCGCGACGGGGUGAGCUCCCAUUGCUCGGUCCCAGCUCCUGCCAGCCUAGCAGUUCAAAAGCACGUCAAAGUGCAAGUAGAUAAAUAGGUACCGCUACAGCGGGAAGGUAAACAGUGUUUCCGUGCACUGCUCUGGUUCGCCAGAAGCGGCUUUGUCAUGCUGGCCACAUGACCUGGAAGCUGUACGGCGGCUCCCUCGGCCAAUAAGGCAAGAUGAGCACGCAACCCCAGAGUCGGUCACAACUGGACCUAAUGGUCAGGGGUCCCUUUACCUUUACCUUUACCUUUAGCUACCAAGUAAGUGACCAUAAGAUUGCACCCAUACCUAAAUGCUAGUCUCACUGCAAUCGAGCUGUUCAAUUGCAUAUCCAAGAACAUUAUUAUUUUUAUUAAAUUCUAAAAGAGAAAAGAGACCAAUUCUUCAUAAGUCCUUCCCAAGCCAUUGCCCUUUCUGCUCUAUUCAAGAUGAAAGGGAAAUUUCAGAUAUGUGCAAAAACAAGAGCCCACCUACAUGCUUUUGUUUUUGUUGUCACUUUGAGGAAUGGAGCAUGCGUCACCUGCCUCUCUCCUUCCGUCAAGCGGGCGGCUCCCAGCAGGCAGUGCUUCCUCCACCCAUUGCCCUUUCAUCAGGGUGGGAGGCUGCAAGGAAUGCAGGGUGGGGUCAAGGAGCAAUGGAGCUGAAGAUAAUCUGGGGGUCAGAUGGGAGUACACCCUGGACUGGAUCUGGCCAACAGGCCAGCAGUUCUUUGCCUGUGCUCUAAAGUGGCUUUAGAGUUAUUGUCUGGAUCCAAGGCAGCCCUUGCCAACAGCUUUGCCGGCUGGAGUUAACGGGAGCUGCCUCCCAAAACCUCUGAAGAGUUCCAGGUUGGCUAAGGUUGAUCUAAGAAAACUCACUUUUUAAUCCUGCAUAGGCCAUGAUUCCUCUGGCAACUUUAGGCAGAACCCACCUAAGUAAGAGGUGGCCAAACUGGAAAAACAUUUGAUGCUUCUCCGUCAGGAAUACGUCAAGUUGCAGAAGAAGCUGACUGAGACGGAGAGGAAAUGCACUCUCUUGGCCGCUCAGUCUAACAAGGAGAGUGCCAGCGACUCCUUCAUCAGUCGGCUGCUUGCCAUCGUAGCAGAGUUGUAUGAGCAGGAGCAAUACAGUGACCUGAAGAUAAAGGUUGGAGACAAGCGCAUCAGCGCUCACAAAUUUGUAUUGGCAGCUCGCAGCGAGACUUGGAGCCUGGCCAACCUGGUGUCUACGGAGGAGCUGGAUCUGUCAGAUGCUGACCCAGACGUGACAACGGCGAUGUUGCGUUGGAUCUAUACAGAUGAGCUGGAGCUGAGAGAAGAUGACGUGUUCCUGACCGAGCUGAUGAAACUGGCAAACAGGUUUCAGCUGCAGCUCCUCAGGGAAAGGUGUGAAAAAGGAGUCAUGUCACUUGUGAACGUCAGAAACUGCAUCCGCUUCUAUCAAACAGCUGAGGAGCUGAACGCCAGCACUUUGAUGAACUACUGUGCAGAGAUAAUUGCUAGUCAUUGGGAUGAUUUGAGGAAAGAAGACUUUAGCAGUAUGAGUGCUCAGCUAUUGUAUAAAAUGAUCAAAUCCAAAACAGAGUUUCCUUUGCACAAAGCUAUUAAAGUGGAGAGAGAAGACGUCGUUUUCCUGUAUCUUAUUGAAAUGGAUUCGCAGCUGCCUGGGAAGCUAAAUGAAGUAGAUCACAACGGAGAUCUUGCUUUAGAUCUGGCACUUUCUCGAAGGCUGGAAAGCAUUGCAACCACCCUGGUUAAUCACAAGGCAGAUGUGGACAUGGUGGACAAGAAAGGCUGGAGCUUGUUGCAUAAAGCUAUUCAGAGGGGAGAUAAAUUUGCUGCUAGCUUCCUUGUUAAAAACGGUGCCCGGGUGAAUGCUGCAACCUUGGGAGACCAAGAGACUCCCUUGCACCUCGUGGCCUCCUACAGCCCCAAGAAGCACAAGCCAGACAUCAUGGCAGAGAUGGCGCAGAUUUCAGAGUCCCUCUUGAAGGCAGGAGCCAAUCCAAACAUGCAGGACAGCAAAGGAAGGACUCCACUGCAUGCCUCCAUCGUUGUGAGAAACGACCAAGUAUUCAGCCAGCUGCUCCAGUGCAAGCAGCUCGAUUUGGAACUGAAGGAUCAUGAAGGAAGCACUGCUUUGUGGCUUGCUGUUCAGUAUAUCACGGUGUCUUCUGACCCGUCCGUCAACCCCUUUGAGGAUGUCCCGGUGGAAAACGGCACUUCAUUUGAUGAGAACAGCUUUGCGGCCAGGCUCAUCCAGCGGGGCAGCAAUACGGACGCUCCCGACACAGCGACUGGAAACUGCUUGCUGCAAAGAGCAGCAGGGGCAGAAAACGAGGCUGCCGCUCUGUUCCUGGCAACUCACGGGGCCAAAGUUAACCACCGGAAUAAAGCGGGGGAAACCCCGCUGCACACAGCUUGCCGGCAUGGCCUAGCCAACCUCACGGCAGAGUUGCUGCAGCAAGGAGCAAAUCCUAAUAUCCAGACGGAGAAAGCCGUGCCUGCCCAGAAGGGGACAGCGACGCCCAGCACAGCAGAUAACGUCAGCCUGCAAACUCCUCUUCACAUGGCAAUAGCUUAUAACCACCCGGAUGUGGUGUCCGUCAUACUGGAGCAAAAAGCAAAUGCGCUACAUGCUACCAACAACCUGCAGAUCAUUCCUGACUUCAGUCUCAAAGACUCCAGAGACCAAACAGUCCUGGGAUUAGCCUUAUGGACAGGAAUGCACACUAUUGCCGCUCAGCUGCUUGGCUCUGGGGCCUCCAUCAAUGACACGAUGUCAGACGGGCAGACUCUGCUGCACAUGGCAAUACAGAGGCAGGACAGCAAGAGCGCCCUCUUCCUCCUGGAGCACCAAGCAGAUAUCAGUGUCAGGACUCAGGAUGGUGAGACGGCCCUCCAGCUGGCCAUCAAAAACCAGCUUCCUCUUGUGGUCGAUGCGAUCUGUACUCGGGGGGCAGACAUGUCUGUGCCAGACGACAGAGGGAACCCUCCGCUCUGGCUCGCUCUGGAAAACAACCUGGAAGAUAUUGCUUCAACUCUGGUGAGACACGGUUGCGAUGCUACGUGUUGGGGUCCAGGACCGGGAGGCUGCUCACAGACUCUGCUGCACAGGGCCAUCGACGAGAACAGCGAACAGAUCUCCUGCUUCCUUAUCCGCAGUGGCUGCGACGUCAACAGCCCAAGGCAGCCUGGGGCCAAUGGCGAGGGGGAUGAGGAAGCCCGCGAUGGACAGACGCCCUUGCACUUGGCAGCUUGUUGGGGCCUUGAAGAAACUGUGCAGUGCCUUCUAGAGUUUGGAGCCAAUGUAAAUGCACAGGAUGCGGAAGGGAGGACGCCCAUCCACGUUGCCAUUAUCAACCAGCACGGUGUCAUUAUCCAGCUGAUGAUCUCGCACCCGGAAAUCCAGCUCGGCAUACGGGACCGGCAAGGCAUGACCCCUUUCGCCUGCGCCAUGACGUACAAGAACAACAAGGCGGCAGAGGCGAUCCUGAAGCGGGAACCGGGAGCGGCCGAGCAGGUGGACAACAAAGGCCGGAAUUUCCUCCACGUGGCUGUUCAGGGUUCCGAUAUCGAGAGUGUGCUCUUCUUGAUCAGUGUCCAGGCAAACGUCAAUUCCAGGGUGCAGGACGCCUCCAAGCUAACUCCAUUGCAUCUUGCCGUGCAGGCUGGUUCUGAAAUCAUUGUGCGUAACCUGCUGCUUGCAGGCGCCAAAGUCAACGAGCUGAACAAGCACCGCCAGACAGCCCUCCAUCUGGCUGCCCAGCAAGAGCUUCCCACCAUUUGCUCGGUUCUCCUGGAGAAUGGAGUGGACUUUGCAGCCGUGGAUGAAAACGGGAACAAUGCCUUGCACCUGGCGGUGAUGCAGGGACGUCUAACUAACAUCCGUGCCCUCCUGACAGAGUGCACUGUGGACGCAGAAGCUUUUAACCUCAGGGGUCAGUCCCCGAUGCACAUCCUGGGGCAAUACGGGAAGGACAAUGCAGCAGCCAUCUUUGACCUCUUCCUAGAAUGUAUGCCGGAGUAUCCUCUCGACAAGCCAGACGCUGAAGGGAACACCGUGCUUCUCUUGGCCUACAUGAAGGGAAACGCCAACUUGUGCCGGGCCAUUGUGAGAGCUGGUGCUCGCCUGGGCGUCAACAACAACCAAGGCGUCAACAUCUUCAACUAUCAAGUUGCGACCAAACAGCUUCUCUUCCGGCUGCUGGACAUGCUGUCCAAAGAACCCCCCUGGUGUGACGGCUCCAAUUGCUACGAAUGCAGCGCCAAGUUUGGGGUCACGACAAGGAAGCACCACUGCCGGCACUGUGGGCGCCUUCUCUGCCACAAGUGCUCAACCAAGGAGAUCCCCAUCAUCAAAUUCGACUUGAACAAGCCUGUCCGGGUCUGCAACAUCUGCUUUGACGUCUUGACUCUGGGCGGAGUUUCCUAGUCCCCCUGCGCAAAGGAGAGUGACUCCCGGGCCACACCCCUCCUUCCUCCUUGCGAACCGCCUAUCACAGGGAUGUGGGUUGCCCGGGGGGGGGGCACCUGUUUUGUCUUCCUGUUAACGGCCGAGACUGAUUGACUUAAGGGACCACACAAACACUAUAUUCCAGUAUAAAUGGGUUUUGUACGAAUGUUAACGCUAGAAAACUGGAUUGGGAACAACUUGGAACUCUUGCAAAGUUGGUGCGAGAACAAAUGUGAACUGAGUGAGAGGGCCCUCUCCUUACUCUGGGCAGGGCAGAGAAAAUGAAAUUUUUUGCAUUUGUGGAUCAUGUAACAUAGCAGGCCUGUGCAAAUGGCCACCGAGCUGUUUCGAAGCCCAAUCACAUUGUGGGGUGCGGGAGGGGUGGGUGUUUGAAUAUUGGGAGCACUUAACAAAUUCCUGGGUAACUCUGUGUGAUGACCAACCCCUCUUGUUACCUUCCUGGAGAGAAGGUUCUGGUUCCCUCACUGGCUUUUGUCCUAAAAUGGGCAACUGUGCUAUGCACAGUCAGUGUUCCCUUCCAGAAGAAGCUGCUGUCUUCAAAACAGGGUUUUGUCGUUUAAAUGCAUUUGCUGAAGAAUUCCUUUGUGUGGCCUUACGACAGAAGCUUUACAGUUUCUCCUGCUUCAACAAGAGCUGCAACGGGUGCUGUCAGAACGUUGAUUUCUUCCCUUCCCAAUCUGCUCUCUUCCAUGUUAAAAAUAAAGAUUAAAAAAUAGGCAGGAGGAGGAGGAGGAAAGACAGAAAGAGAAAGCGAGCUUUGUUACCAAAUCAAAGGCUCCUGGAAGGGAGGGAAAGCUGCCGGCUGGCCCUUUCGGCACAUAUCAAUAACUUUGCAAAUAGUCAUAUGUUUACAGCAGUUUUCGCCAAGCUGGUGCCCACCAGAUGUUCUGGGCUCCCAUCAGCCCCAGCCAACACGAGUCCAGAUCAUCCGAAGGGCAGCAGCUGGGCAAAGGCUGGUUUACAGCGAUGUUGGAAGGAAGGUCCAGAGGUUUGGACUGGCUCGGCGUUGGGGAACACAGUGUAGGAGCUAGCACAGAGCAUCUGGAUUCGGCAAGUUGCUUUGAUGGACGGGGUGGGACAAGGCAGGGGUGACGGUGGCACAGAGCCUGAUGUGAGGGUGAUGAUUCAGUGGGAGCUGAUCGCAAAGGCAGCCGUGUCCUAGCUGCACCUCUGCUGGCCACCCGGACUUCCCAGCUGUCGUGUUUCCCCCCCGAGGCCUUCUCCAUUUAAGAUGCUGUUAGUGACUUGGCCCUUUUGAGGAGCUCUGUCUCCAAGCUGCGCUCGCCGAGAUCACUGCAGGUCUAAUGCUAGGCCAGUAUCACCUGGCCUUAACUGGGUUUUUUUUUUACACACACCCUUUUCUCCACGACAGCUAACUUUGUUCAUUGGGUCCCUGCAAAAGCAGGCCCUGACGCUGAAGAGGCUGUUUGGGUGUGACUGAUACAGCAAGCAAGAAGACUGAGCCUCACGUGCUCGGACAUAAAGCUCUUUGCCUUCUUAGAAACACAACAAAGUUCUGGGAGGUGGACGUGGCAAAGUCUUCUGUCGCUGCUCCAGAACGAAUCGGUUGGGAUGUGAGUCUCUUAACCUCAGUAACCACUACUUUUUCAGUCUGUGUGUACAUAUAUAUAUAUAUAUAAGGGGGAGAGGAAAAUAUCAUUUAUAACGUCUGAUCUCAUUUUCUUCCCCUCUUCCCCCCCCCCUAGAAUACUAAUGUGUCAUCCCCUACUUACAUAUGUUCGUGUGUAAAAAGAGCUGAAAAACCACAGUGCUACUUUUUUAUAGGAUAUAACAGCUUUAUAUGUUCUGUAAAAUCCUGGGCUAUGUGCAGUAAAAGACAACUUGCCGGGGGGGGGGGGAAUCUAUGAAGAUUGACGCAUACAUUUCAAGUGGGGUUAGCCCUUCUGACCUCUGUCAGGGGAAGAACUGGAACUGCAACCCUCUUCAAUUAUGUGUGGGUUUACUGUGUUUUCCACACCCAUCACCUUGUGGGGAGAAUUCCUGCUCGUCUCUGCUCUCCUCUUCCUGCCCCCAGCCCUCUGCUCCAAAAUAAUCUGUCUCAACACCUUCUUGACCUGCCUUUGUCUCUCUGCCCCCUGAGGAGUAAGUCAUUUAAGAAGGGGUGCCCUUUUCACAAAAGGCUUGUUCCAGAGGACCCCCAGGGAGGAAAAAAAGCAGUGAGACAGUAGCAUUUCACCUGGGAAACGGUCUCUUGACACGAUGGGUGGUCUCUCCAAGGCCAGUUUAACACUGCACAGGUGCCACGGUCAUGCACCGUGAAUCCGAUCCUCUGUUCAAAGUUCCCCUUUCUAGAUUCACAGGCAUUUCUCUGAACUGGCAUCGUGUGUGUGACUAACCCCCCCAAAAAAGCAGAGUAGCACCCCUUCCGGGUUGUUAGCAUUUGAGCAAAUGAUCCACUGCAAAAGCUGCACGUGCACACAGCCCCACACAGCCUGGGAAUUGAGAAUGGUUUUUUUUUUCCAGGAUGGCGGUGCAUUUUUGGGUUCUAGGUGGACUUCGUCGGGUUGCACAAAACUAAUCACUGUAAAGCACUUUUAAUAAAAGCUUUUAAGCCUGAGUCUGCAUGACUGGCCCGAAGAUUGUGUUACCAGGGGAGAAAUCCACCAUAGCCCAUGAAUUGGCUGGAAGAGGCUGCAGCAGGAAUGAUUUCUCCUAGCCUAAGCCUCCUUGUUUCAAACUCCCUUGCAGAGAGAGAAAUGGAUCUUCAGAUCAGAGAGGAUUCCAACGUCCACCAAAUCUCAUGCUGCUGUAGCUUGCACUAUAAUUUGAUCAGUUGACUUGCUGUGAAAUGGAACCCUAAAGAUUUUGCUGGGGCUUCUGAGUUUGAAAUUCUGAUCUGUAUUUCCCAGUUCGACAAGUGAGAUGAACUUUUAUUACCCGUUCUUGUGGAAGGCUUACUUCCUGUGGAAGGCCUGUUACGCCCUGUCUUGGGACUUAAAAACACAAUCCCUGUUAGACGUCUGUUUUGUGCUCUGAAGAUGCAUUAACAAAAAUGUGAGGAUUGUAUACAGCUGGGGCUGAGGAGUUCUAGGAGAGCUCCAAAUCGACUCCCAGCAAUGGGCUUCCUUUAGUCUAUGCCUGCCCCCCAGCUAGAGCAGGUGUUUGAAACUCGAGGGCAUCUGCAGGGUUUGGGGGGCUGGCACUCCAGAAACAUUUCUAGAGUUCUGGUGAUAGCUGCCUCUUUGUUAGACCUUCGCAGAGCAAACACGACUUGCUGGUUUUUCAGACCUACAAGGCUUCCCAUCUCGAGAAUGCAGGAAAUCCAAACGCCUUCCAAAGCAAUCCAUAAUGACCAAAGCAGAGUUGGGGAGUGUGUGCAUUGAGGAUGCAGAAGGGAGAAUGCCUGUUCUUAGCGCAACCCACGGCUGUUUUCCCUGUCCUCCUUUCCCCUCCGUUCUGCAUUUUAGGCAGAGGUGUUGAAUGUGACUUGCACUGUGAACUCAGUAGAAGGAAAACCCUUCACUUUUGGUCAGUACCCUUCCAAGUUGUCUUUAAAAAAAUUAAAAAAUAAAUUC